CCUUGGUGGAGGCCAAUCGGGUUUGUUUUCUUGAAUAUUUCUGCAGCAACAAGAUUUUGAAGAUUUGACUCGCUGUAGCACUAUGAAGCGACAAGCCAAAAAUGCGCUACUGGACCGAAUGCACCGGGGCGUAGUUUACACCUGCAUGGGACUAACCCUUUACGGCAGCUAUAUGCUGGGAGUACGCGUGUACCGGUAUUUUACUGUGAUCAAGCCCGCCAGACAAGCCGAAGAAUUAAGGAUGCUGGAGGCUGGAGCCUCGAAACAAGCGACCAAUCUAGACACCGCGCCAACGCUCACAUCGUAAGGCUGUUCCGGCCCUCCGGAAAAUGCGAUUUUCUUUAAAAAAUACAUUAUGUAAUGCGUAAACGCUUAGAUCGAUCCUUUGUGUAUAAUCGGUGAUAUAAACCGCAGGCAUUGGAUUCUCGAGCACCUGGAACGGUGCCGUAUUCCGGGACGGCUUGACUUCAAUGUUUCUUUCCUUGAUAGCCGCCUUCACGAAUGAGAACAUUUUUCAGCUGUAUAAAAAUGGUUUCCUUCAUUUCACUGUUUAUUCUUCGUUAAAUAUAAUUACUUUUUAUCAAAACACA